GUAAUUUACUCCGGCUAAAAUUUAUUUACUUUCGGGCACUUUGUAACAGAAUAAUCUGGACAAAUCCAUGACAAAAUUCAAAAAAAAAAUUGUCAUGGAUCCGUCUGUGACAAUUUCCGUGACAAAACCCAAUAAUUGAUAAUUCAGCGGUCACCUAAUUAAUGUUGUACGAAAAGGUGUUUGUCACGGACUUAUCUGUGACAAAUAUUUCUAUAUAUCGCAGUAUGGUUUCAUUCGAGUGAUAUCAGUUAGAAUUUGAUCAGAGUAUAAUACAAUAUCUGUUGAAAGCUUGAAGGAUGUAAUCUAUCAAUUUAUCAUUUUCCCUGUUUAUGCAAAUAAGGGUUGUCGUUUCGGCAACGCCUAGCUCGGAUUGUCCGGUGGUAAUCGCCCGAUGAUUACGGCACCAAGGUCUUUUUUUCUGGCAUCAUUGGACGUUACUACACAGCGUCGGUUUGCAAGCGUGAAGUGUGGCUUGCUCAGACUUGGCGUGGAGAUCGGAUUGAGGAAUAGAGAUUUAUGGACAAUAUUGGUCAUCAAUACAAAAAUAUGGCAAUUGGUGCGGAAGAAGAAGAACUAGUGAGCAAUGCGAAGGUGGCCGUUCCGGUGAUUGGCAAGAUAGGUUCUCAGAUGAAUGUUCUUGAGGUUGAAUUUCUCUUCUAUCAUACUACAACUGCUCGCCCUCCUCCGGAACCACCUCUCUGCGAGGAAGUAAUUUGGGGAAAGUUUUUAUUUUCGUAUUGUUUUUCACUUCGCAGUAUUUAUUUUUAUUUCAGUUCCACAGGGUGUGGUCGGAGUAUUUUGAUUUAUGAUGAACUCUUGAUAGGCAAUGUUUUAUUUUAUGUCGUUUUAGGCUUCUUCUUGCCCAUUUUGUGUCUAGCGAGUCAUGUUGCUUGGUAUGAAU